AUUAUUAAAAGACUGAUGGUAGUUGGAAUUCUGUCAUUUCUUGAUGUUCUCUGCCAUUUUUCAAAAUGUAAAGUAACAUACAAUAAUGCUUUUCUACAUCUUUUUCAGAAAAAGUCCCUAGAGUCCAUAAACUCCAGGCUUCAGCUGGUUAUGAAAAGUGGUAAAUAUGUGCUAGGAUACAAACAGACUCUGAAAAUGAUUCGGCAGGGCAAAGCCAAGUUGGUCAUUCUAGCCAACAACUGUCCUGCUUUGAGAAAAUCGGAGAUCGAGUACUACGCUAUGCUUGCCAAGACCGGUGUCCAUCAUUAUAGUGGCAACAACAUUGAGUUGGGCACAGCGUGUGGAAAAUACUACAGAGUGUGCACACUGGCUAUCAUUGACCCAGGUGACUCGGACAUCAUCAGAAGCAUGCCAGAACAAACCAGUGAGAAGUAAAUGCUGUAAAGGUGUUAUUUCUACAAUAAAACUGGUUACAGAUCUGUUUUAAGAAAAAUUUGUAUUAUACCUUUGAUGGUUUUAGGCAACAAACUAUAUAAAAGAAGAUUCAUUACUACUGCUGUGUUUCCUGUUGUGUUAGAAAUAACCUUCACAGGACAGAACUUGCCUGUUUCUUUCUCUAGAAUUUGUGGAGUUUGAGAGGUAAGUGGAGUAAGAUUGGAUCGUGGCAAGUAUGGUGCCAAAUCCCAACAGGCUAUGGCUUCCUUAGUUUUUGGGUUUGGAGUACUAACACAAAACCAGUUCAUAAAGUGAGGUACAGUUGAAAAUACAGGAUGUUGAUGGGGGACCCCAGAGGGUUUACUGACACUGAAAAAUUCACACUAUUUUUAUCAAAUCUAUCACAAAGUACUAAUGCAAAUUAUCCCCUUUGGCUUUUCAUUCCAAGAGAAUACACAUCUGUCAAAUGGCAGAUAGGAUAGCUGCUGGACAUGAUGUGUAACAUCACACUUUCAAUAAAGUACCAACUAACUUCUUGAAGCUGACUUCAAAUAAC